AGGGGCAGCAGUUACUUUAACUUUCAUUUUAAAAGCGUAAGUAAACAUUAUCCUUUCUAUCAAACAUGAUUACAUAUACUGCAGCGUCAAUGUUUUGCUACAAAUAAUAAUUUAGUGAAAUGAACGACAACGAAUCAGAUGAGAUAAAGAUGCUUUGUGGCACUUGUCCUGACAGCCAUUGCAAUGAAAUGUUGUAUUUUGUCUCUGGUACAGAUGUGCCAGUGGCAUGUAAUAAUUGUGGCCAAACACACUCGCCAAGUUCUCUUUUGAAUGUACAUCAGACAACGAACAUGAGCAAAUGUUUGAAGUCUAUAUUAUUGUCAAGUGUGGCGACGAAAAAAAGCUCAGAAUUAGUAAAAGUUCGUGGUUUGUCAAAUUUUCAUUGCAAGAUAAUAUCGCCACUUCUUACGUAUUAUGGUAUGGAGAAAAAGUCUGGUAAAGCUAAACUUUUAUCUGAACUAGGGCAAGAGGAAGUGUUCAAUUGUGCUGUAUUUGGGAACAGAGCAUUCCUCAUCGAACAGGAGCAUUUGAGUACUGAGGGUUAUGGCAUUGAUCAGACAGGCUCAUUGUCAUAUCUCCGAGAUACCUUGGAAAUGAUAGAAAAGGUCAACAAUGGUCAAUGUUUGGUACCACUGCAUACAGAUGGUGAUGGACAUUGCUUGGUUCAUGCCAUUUCAAGGGCUGUGAUUGGCCGAGAGCUACUGUGGCACAGCUUGCGACAGAAUCUAAAAGAUCAUCUCCAGAAAGACAACAUGAAAUAUCGACAAUUGUUUCACAACUUCAUUGAUGUCGAUGAAUGGGAAGAUAUUAUUAGUGAAGCUGAUCCAAAUUAUCAUCCACAAAGUAAUGAGCCUUUUGGCUUGCGAAACAUGCAUGUUUUUGGACUAGCAAAUGUCUUACGAAGACCAAUAAUCUUGAUGGAUAACCUUAAAGGCAUGCAAUCCAGUGGGGAUUAUUCUGGUUUGUUUUUGCCAGCCUUUGUUGAUUUUGAUUUGUGUAAAUCCCAAGGGUUACUGCAUAAACCUCUUGCAAUAGCAUGGAGUAGUUCAGGAAGAAACCAUUAUGUGCCCCUUGUAGGUGUUCGAGGAUCUACCCCUCCAAAAAUACCCCGUUCCUAUCUACCUAAAGCAUGGGGCAUGCCAAAUGAAUUAGUAUCAACUUACAUUGACUUUGAUGAGAAUGACUGUUGUACCAUUGGUGGAUCUCUAACACUAAAGGAUCAGUAUGUCCAAAGGCUAGUCAAGGCUAUGAAUGACGUGUUUUAUAAGAAGCAUCAAGUGUCACCUGAACUAGUUACUAAUGUCAACCAGUACAUAAUUAAACCAUCAAAUACAGAUGGUUAUUCAAUACCCGAAAUUAUUCAGUAUACCAAAACUGCUGUGGAUAAAGAAAACUUGUUUUAUUGUCUUUCAUGUCAUGCACUCAAAGAAGUAAAAACUGUUUGGCCACGGUCUUGGAGAGAGCCAGGUGGCCGUUGGUAUACUCGUGCCAAGAAUACCAGCACAGGACUAGUUGCCAAUGCUAUGUACAAAUUUGCAGAGGCAACCAAUGUUCCAUGCAUUUAUGAAGCUAAGUUUGACAUGCUCAUAGCUAUUGGAGAGAGUCCAGUAUGUAAUGUGUGUAAUGGAGUUCUACGUGAGGUAUCCGCAGAUGGUUCAAUACGAUACAUGAAUGGUGAUCGCACUGCUACCAGAUCUCAAGAAAAUACUAGUGCUUGCAAGUGUGGUUUUAAACAUUACUGGAAUGGUCAAGAAUAUGAUUUCUAUCCCAAAAUAAUUGAAUUAUCGCUGGAGUGGAAUGGCAAAAGAAUUGAAGAAGAAGUAUUCUGGUUUGAAAGCGAGAGCAAUGCCAGCCUGAAUUCAAAUGUAUAUGAAAUAGCUUCGACUGUUGUACAGAAACAUUUCCCUGGCGAAUUUGGCAGCGAGACGCUUGUUAGAAAAGUUGUUGAUAAAAUCCUCCAAGAAACUGACCUUCAAAAGAACUUGGAAGGUAAAGCAGAGAAGCAAGAAAAACAGGAAACAAUGAAAAUAAACGAUGAAGAAACAUCCAUUUCACUAUCAAAGGUCAUUAUCACUGGACCAAAACACAAGACGAUUCACAAGGAGGAGUUGACUAUGAAUCAAGAAGAGAGAUUGACACGUACCAGAAUAAAACACCAUGCUGCACUUAACCAAAAACGGAAAAGUAACAAAAUUUCGCUGGAGAAACAAAGUGGAAACACAAAACACGGAGAGCAAAAGACCAAUAGCAAAAUUCGACUUGUAGAGAAAGAGAGAAAAGAUGAAAGUAUAGCCAGAGUAAAAACGGAGAAAGAAAAACCGAAGGAAAUAAAAAUUCGUCUCACCAGUGAGACUGGUAAUGCCACAACCAUCUCUCUCACACCUGAAUCCACCUUUAAGGAUCUUCAAGAGAUGAUAGAAAAAGAAUUAGGUAUACCAGAAAAGAAACAAAAGAUUCGAUACGGUUUUCCCCCAAAGGAAUUGAAACCUCCGGAACGUGAUGGAGUUUUGCUACCGCUGACUCAUGGUGAUCGCGUUUCAGUGGCAGAAAUACGUGAAACGAACAUGAUGGUUUUGGAUCAAUCGACCAAUAAUUUGGAGACGAGAUCAACAAAUUAUGACGAAAUCAACGGAGUUACGUCAUUAGACAGCUCUGAAGAGAUGGCUCGCAAGGAAUUUGCAUCAUCUUUGCUAAAUUUAUUGCAAGGAAAAUUGGAGUUUGACAAAUGGGAACAAGUGAACACGAAACCAGAACUGUUCACACGUGGUGGGCAGAUUUACGAUCAAGUCGUAAAAAAACUUGGUCCACUUAAAGACGACAUGCAUUUGACGAUACCAGGAAUUCCAGGAAAGACGUUUGUGUACAAUGAAAAAGAAGACAAGUUGGAGAUUUGUCUGGAAUCAGAACACGUACCAGUACAACCUUUAGACACUAAGACUAUGUCCCGUGCUAAAACUCUUACCCAUAAUGCUAUCUCAUCACCACUGCGUCGUCCACAAGACGAGAGUAUGGGCUCGUUUAGUGGCGCAUUACGUCAUCGCAACCCCUCCCAAGGUCGAACUGCUUUUUCAGGCAAUGGACGAACCUUGGGUGGAACCUUAAGGACUGAGGACCAACUAAAUAACGAUGAAAUAGUGAAUAAAAUAAAAGAGAAUGCAGCAAUGGAUAUGGAUGACGUUGAAGAAACAGAACUCGGCAGUAGAAACACAAAGAAAGCAAAAGAAAACAAAGAAGCAGAUAUGAAUUCAAAAAUGACAGAAAAGAGUUCACCUGAUACAAAAGCAAUUGAUGAUGCAAAGGAGAAAAAUUCUGAUUUAAUGGAAACACGUUAUAAAGAUUAAGACCAAAUUGACCUCAAAUGAAAACAGAUUACAGAUAUUGAUAAUCAAACGCCAAAAUAUUACAAUAAUUGAUAUGACAUGUCAUGCACUUGCGAGCAAAGAAAAUGAGUGCCGUUUAUGUGGUACAUAAAGCUAUGUUUGUAUUUUGUAAUGAUUUACAUUAAAUAAUUCAUAAUCUAUUAA